CCCGCCCGCCCGCCCGGCUCGGCCCGCCGCGGCCCUCGGGCAUGUGAGCGGGAAGCCCGGGCUGCCGGCCGCCGGGAGCGCCCGCCCGGAGGAGGAGCAGCGGGAGCGCGGAGCCCGAGCCCAGCGCCUGGCCGAGUAGAUGUCCAUGCGGAGCCCCGUCUCUGCGCAGCUGGCCACGGAUGGCGCUGGCACCAUGGUGAACUGCACCGUGAAGGCUGAGGAGAGGAAGGAGCCGGGUCACGAGGCCCCCCAGGGCGUGGCCCCCGCCGCAGAGCCGCAGCCUGGAGACCCAGCCCUGGCGCCCCAGGAUACCCCUGACCCCCAAGCGCCACCGGCUCAGGACUGCAGCUCCCCUGAGAGCCACCGGUCCCCAGAGCCCAAGAGACCAGCCGCCUCCAAGGCCGCUUCCGGAAGCCAGGAGAAGCUAGACUUCAACCGCAACCUGCAGGAGGUGGUGCCGGCCAUCGAGAAACUGCUCUGCAGUGACUGGAAGGAGAGAUUUCUGGGAAGGAGCUUGGUGGAAACCAAAGAUGUCAAAGGGACUCAAGAGAGCCUGGCCGAGAAGGAGCUCCAGCUGCUGGUCAUGAUCCACCAGCUGUCCACCCUGCGGGACCAGCUCCUCACCGCCCACUCGGAGCAGAAGAACAUGGCCGCCAUGCUCUUCGAGAAGCAGCAGCAGCAGAUGGAGCUGGCCAGGCAGCAGCAGGAGCAGAUCGCCAAGCAACAGCAGCAGCUGAUCCAGCAGCAGCAUAAGAUAAACCUCCUCCAGCAGCAGAUACAGCAGGUCAACAUGCCUUAUGUCAUGAUUCCAGCCUUCCCCCCAAGCCACCAGCCUCUGCCUGUCACCCCUGAAUCCCAGCUGGCUUUGCCCAUUCAGCCCAUCCCCUGCAAACCAGGCACUAGCUCACAUCUCGCCUCUACCAGGAAGCCUGCUGGAACAAAGUUCCCUGACAACCCACCUCGGGGCGCUUAUCAGCACCUGCUAUGUGUGGAGUACCCGCUACAGCUGCUGCAUAGCCCCCCUGCCCCCGUGGUGAAGAGGCCCGGGGCCCUGGCCACCCACCACCCCCUGCAGGAGCCCUCCCAGCCCCUGAACCUCACAGCCAAGCCCAAGGCCCCUGAGCUGCCUUCCAGCUCCAGCUCUCCCGGCCUGAAAAUGAACAACUGUGGGCCGCGGCCCCCUAGCCACGGGGCCCCGACUCGGGACCUGCAGUCCAGCCCGCCCAGCCUGCCUCUAGGCUUCCUGGGUGAAGGGGACGCGGUCACCAAAGCCAUCCAGGACGCUCGGCAGCUGCUACACAGCCACAGCGGGGCCGUGGAAAGCCCCCCCAACCCGCCCUUCCGCAAGGACCUCAUCAGCCUGGACUCGUCCCCAGCCAAGGAGCGACUGGAGGAGGGCUGUGUGCACCCACUGGAAGAAGCCAUGCUGAGCUGUGACAUGGACGGCUCCCGCCACUUCCCCGAGUCCCGGAACAGCAGCCACAUCAAGAGGCCCAUGAAUGCCUUCAUGGUGUGGGCCAAGGACGAGCGGAGGAAGAUCCUCCAGGCCUUUCCCGACAUGCACAACUCCAGCAUCAGCAAGAUCCUUGGUUCCCGCUGGAAGUCCAUGACGAACCAGGAGAAACAGCCCUACUACGAGGAGCAGGCGCGGCUGAGCCGGCAGCACCUAGAAAAGUACCCGGAUUAUAAGUACAAGCCCAGGCCCAAGCGCACGUGCAUCGUGGAGGGCAAGCGGCUGCGCGUGGGCGAGUACAAGGCCCUGAUGAGGACGCGGCGCCAAGAUGCCCGCCAGAGCUACGUGACCCCCCCACAGGCCGGCCAGGUCCAAAUGAGCUCCCCGGAUGUCCUAUUCCCUCGUGUCACGGGCGUGCCCCUGGCCCAGCCCCUGGCGGACCACUACGUCCCCCAGAGCCUGGACCCCAACAUGCCCGUCAUCAUCAACACCUGCAGCCUCCGGGAGGUGGUGGAGGGCACCGACGACAGGCACUCGGUGGCGGAUGACGAGAUGUACCGGUACAGCGAGGAUGAGGACUCGGAGGAGGGUGAAGACAAGAGCGACGGGGAGCUGGUGGUGCUCACAGACUGAUGCCCCCUGCCCCCCCAGCCCGGGGAAGACCUUGCCCCCCCAAGCCAGUGGGUGCAACCAGCCGGCCUGGUCUAUGUUGGUACUUGGACUUGGGUGUGCCUAGAUGGGCGAAGCUGUGCAUGUGUAGAUCUAUCCAUCCAUUAGCAGAGAGAGUCCUCCUCUUCACCGCAGUCGAGGAGCCACUGGGCCGGGCCAGCGGAACCUGCUUGGGAGUGGGGGGGAUGAUGGGCUGAGCUGGCUGAGCUCCUUGGCCCUGAGGGCUGAACACCCAGGAC